AUGAUAAAUAUACCCCAUAUACUGCUGCUGCUGCUGCUGCAGCAGCAGCGGCAAUACUCCGAAAACCAGAAAGAUCAUUCAAGGAGCAAGAGCCACUCGGAUAGCACACCAUCACAUCAAUAUCAAAAUCAUCAAGACGAUUCUACGACUCAUUUGCCAUUUUUCAACUCCUAUGAUAUCAAAAUCAUUCAAUAUAUGGUGGCAAUAUACCGUAUAGAUUCGUUUCUUCAAUCUUUGCCGAAAUUAGUGAAGAAAGUAUCAACGCUACACCCAAAACAUAAAUCAAAUAGUGUUAAAGCUUCGAUCCAGGGCCUGGAUGCCAAUGGUUCGAAAAACUUGUGUUGUAUACCUCUUGUGAGUUAUGUUUCUAUUUUGACCGGAUUCUCAUUGAGCUUGAAUGCAGAUUCAAAUGACAUGAUCAAUACUUUGAUCUCCAAUAAUGAAUUAUCUGAUGUGCAGCUAUCCAAAUUGAAGCAUUAUUCGAAAAAUCAACCAUUAGAACAUAUGAUUGAAUACAAGAGCUCUGGGUCUUUUGAUGUGGAUCUAUCUGAUUAUAAUCCCCGGCCCCUAACCACUUACACCAAAUCAUUAACAUUGAUCCAGCAAUUACAAAAAGUUGCAGUUGCCACAAAAGCUCAGUAUGAAGAACAAGUGGCCGUUUUAAUCAAAAAAAGAAAGAAGAUCAGUAAUAAUCAAACCAAUGAAUAUCGUGAUAUUUCAUUUUUGGCUGAUAUUCUUGAUCCGGCAGAGCUAUUCAAUCUCAGCAAUCUAUAUGUCAAUUUGGAAAAUCUUGUAUCUUUCAAAGAAAAUUAUGACAUUAACCAAAAAAUCAUUGAAAUUCACUUCUCUUCAUUACCUUUCUUGCUUAGGUUAAUCCAUACAAACUUGAAACAUUUAAAAACCAUAAUGAACCCUUAUCAUAAUUUCCUCAAAACAAGAUCAACUGAAAGCUUAAUAUUUUUGCCCUAUCCUCAAUAUUCAAUUCAAAGAAUUUAUACCAUUUUUUUGAAGAUUUUGGAACUCUACAUGAUUAUCAAGAGAUUUAAUAAGGUAUUGAAUGUUGUCAAUUUCAACUUAUUGCUCAACAAUAAUUAUAAAUCAAAUCGUACCAUUCUUGUUAACACAGAUAAAUCGUGUAUCAACACUUUUGAAAACUAUCUCAAAAAAUUCAACUACUGUUUCAAUGAUGAGUUUGCACGGAUGAUUUAUAGUCCCUUGAAAAUUUUCUCUCAUCUGAAUGCUUCUUUGGUAGUUAACAUUGAUAAUUUGACCAAAUUGAGUGUUAGAUUGUUGAAGAAUUUUAAACUUGUGGUCAAUAUUUACAAUAUUUUGAAAUCUUUUUACAAUGAGUAUCUAAUAUUAAUCAAUGAAGAGGUUGAGUUAGAAAUAAUUGCUCAAACUUCUACUACACAAAACCAAUUCAGUAAUGGCAGCUCAUCGACCAUCAACAAUUCUAUUAAUCAAGGAAAAUCAAAUUCAAGCUCAAGUUUGAAUUCAGCGGAAGGCAAAAACCAAAACCAAAAUCAUCUUGUCAACAUUGGGUUAUAUACUUCAAAUUCAUCCAGUGCCGCUAAUGGUAUUGACUCUCAAAUCAAUAUUUCUUAUAAUCUUGAUAGAAAAGUGGCUUCAAAUUCUACUGCACUGAAAAAUGUGAUCACAAACUCCCCAUUAAGCAACAUCGAGGCAUUUAGUCCCCCAAUGCUCCAGUCUCCAAAUGGCCAAUUUUCACCCCAAUCACUACAAUUUUCACAAUUUCCUCUUUCUCCCCAACUCAACUCCUUUACACAAAAACAAUAUUUCUUUGGUCAGGGCCAUUCCAAAUCAAACUCUUUAGUAUCCGCAGAUUCUGGUAUGGACGUCGGACUUGCUACUGGUGAUGGGUCUAGUAUAAUAGGUGACGGUACAAUAAGUGCAAGCUCAAUAAGUGAGAACUAUUCAGUGUCGUCUACAAAUAAUGGGUAUCGUACGAAGUACGAAAAUAAUGAUAAUGCUGCUUCCGCGAAAAUAGUUUCUAGUGGUUUAAUUGAUAUUCAUGGACUUAAUAGAAAUAAAAAUGACAAUUCCUCUUUCGUGACUGGCAAUUUUAGCCAUUCAAAUCCUGAUUCUUCUCAAAUCAAAUCUCCGAGACUAAAUGUGACUUCCCGGAAUCAUCAAGUUCAGUAUAACCAUUAUCUACCUCAGGCGAAAAUAGAUAAUAAAUCUCCUGUUAUUAAUAGCAGAUCACAAACUCAAUCUUACGCAAUUGGUAACAAUAAUGAAGAUGUAUUUGAUAGAAGCAAUCCUCAAAAUAGAACUGGGAUGUCUCAAGAAGUUGCUGCGAAAUCUUUCGCAAUAACUAGCAAUGAACCAAAUACUAAAACAAGUAUUUCAUUCCCUUCGAAAUCAAUGGUCAACAGUUCAAACAUGGGCAUCACCAACAUUAAAGGCGUUGAGAGACGUCCACAGAGUAAUUACCAACUGAACAACAACGCUAUGAAUGAUGAUCUUUAUGCAUCAGCAUUUUUGAACAUGGUUGCAGGAAACAAUAAUUCAUCUUUUGGGAAAGAUGUGGCAAAAGGUAAACUGAAAGAUUCUAAAUUGGAAAAUAGAAGGGGUGGUGCCGAAAAAGGAAAAGAAGCAAAUCGUAUUGAAAUGGAAAUAAAAGCGGUAAACACUCUGAAGAUAAAUCCGGAUACGAUGACUAAUAAUGUACCGUCUGUGAAAGCUUCUGGUAAUUUUAAUGCUGAAGUUGAGUUGCGUACCCCUUUGAAUAGCUCUUUUUCACCAAACAACAUUUCAGAAGAUGAAAUCAGUACUAUUAGGCUUCCGAAAAAAACUUUUUCAUCAAGAUCGCACUCUUUUCUCAGCUCAUAUCGAUCUGACCAAUCUUCCAGCAAUCCGAAUUUUGCUUCUACUCCAGCCAGGAAGCCUGCUCCCUUGCUGAUUUCCACCCCCUCACAAAUUAUGAGUUCACACUUUGAUACGAAUUCUACUUUGGCUACUCCGAAUUCAAUAUCCUCGCCAAAGGUUGCAUUGGCCGUCGAUUUAAAAAAGGUAAAAGGAUUCAAAUUGACGGGAUUGGGGAUCCGCGGAUCCGCCACAAAUGAACACAAAGAUAGUAAGAAAUUGGACUCGUCACUGCCAUUUGAUGAACUGUUUUCUAAUGUUGAGGAUACUGACUCUAACGGAGCUUCAAUUCUUUCAAAGUUAAGGAGCCGGAGUAUUAGAAGAAAUAAGCGCGCUGAGAAUACACAACAAAGUGAGCCAAGUGACUUGGAUGAAAAUUGUGAUAACUUCCUUCCCUUAAGCCCUAUUGAAAUGAGGUCCACCAAAAAUUCUAUUAGUGGUACUGAUACAAUGCCAUCAGCAGGUAAAAAAAUAGGAUGUGUUUCCAAUGAAACUGCACUUGAAAAAUAUGGAAAUGAAAAGAUGAAAGCUAAAAAUGAUAGGGUUCUUUCUGGUUCAGGGCCAGGAAUUGAUUCACCAAAUGACAAUUCACAAGCUAAGGAAUCUUCUACUAGAAUCUCGACCAGUGUGUCCGAACUGUCCUCUGCAAAAUUCAAUAGUGAGUCCGUCGGUGAUAGCUCAUCAGAUUUAAAUAAAUUCAAGGAUCUCUUGAACCCUGAUGGUGAUGAUUUUCUGUCUGAUCCAAAUUAUGGCAACACUUUCAACUUAUUGGAUGAAAACUUGAAGCUCAUUGUGGACAAGAUUGCUAAUUCCUCAAAUGAACAGGAAUUGAAUGACUUGGAGAAAAAGUUAUUUCCUAAUGAAAAAAAUAGAGUUGAUGUUGAUGAUACCAUUUUGGAAAAUGAAAAUGAGGAUGAAGAUGGCGACUCUACCUUAAAAGCAGCUGAUCAGAGUUAUAUUCGGAGAAUUCAGGAAACAUUUAAUAAUAUCACCACUAAUAGGUUGACUGGUAGCAACAAUGAUACGGUCAGUUUCUCGCUGAACAAAGAAGAAGUAUCAAGUAUGACUACUGAUGAAACUAAUAAUGAGGAAAGUUUUGGCCUUUCUGGCUCUGCGAAUCAAAAUGCGUACAGGCUAUCCAGCCACGAUCUUCGGAAAAGCCGUGUCAUUAGCAAAAUUUUAGAUGUGAAUGAAUUUUCUGCAAUUUUGAAUUUCUUGGCUACUGAAGACACAAUAAAUGAAGAUGAUAAAGAUGGAAGCCAUAGCAGAGAAUCCGAACCCCAUGCUGAGAAUCUUUUUCUUGACUCCAAUAAUGCUAUAGUCGACGAACUCGGGGGAGCGGAAGAAAGCGCAUUACCAAUAGAAUCAAGUAAUGUGAAUGAUACUUCAAAGAUUGAUUCCAGUAAACUUCUGAAAAAGGUUAUUGGAAAUGAGGCCUCCUCUAUGAGCUUAGCUUCUCUACAUCAGGAAAAGCUUGGUACGAUUAAUGAAGAUGGGUCUCAUUACGACUUUGAUAACGAAGGAAUUAGUGAGAAUGAAUCUGUCUAUUAUACGCCUUACAUGACUCAAAACCCAUUCAUUAAUGAUGAAAAUAUUUCCUGUGGUAAUGUUCAGAGCAAUAGCGGCAAUAUUGAAAGUUCACGCUUAAGUGUAAAAUCUAGAACUUCCUUGUUGAGAAAAUCAAACUCGUCUUCUGUUUAUAGCAAUAUUAACCCAUUCGCAGUUUCUAUAAAUAAGGACUUGUUGGAACAGCCUCCUGUGAAUGAGGCGUCGCCAGUACAACUAUCAAUAACGGUUUUACCACAAAGUACGACGUCUGAUUCGAAAUUCAUGGGUAAUGUUAGUCUGACAUUGUCUCAUGAAAGUUUAAUUGAUGAGGAAUCUGUGAAAAGUCAAGUUAAGAAGGAAAUCACUAUUUUUGAUAUCGCAGCUGUGAAUCACGAAAGGCCUAGGUCAUCAUUACAAAAAGAGCUGCGAGAAUCGCCGCCAAUGUUACAGGAUACUAGACCUCACUUGUAUUCCUCCGCCCCCUCUAACUUCCAGCAAGAUAAUGCUGGUUAUUCAUCAUCAUCAUCACUCAAGUCUCCAACUGCAUAUGAAGAUAAUGAAGCUUUCCAUAUCCAAAAAAUCUCCAAACUAUCAGAACAAUUCCAAAAAAGCUCAAUUGAUACACCAUUUUCUCCUCCUAGAUCUGUGGGUAAUGCAGCUGAGAUAUCUAGCUCAAGGUCAUCUCUUUCUGGCGGCCACAGCCGUAUCCCAACAAAUGUUAGCAAGUACGAGUUACGCAAAACUAACACCAAUGAUUCAGCUCUCUCUGAACGUUUGAGGCUCGCUGCGUUGACAAAGAAAUUACCUGAAGUUCCAGCAAAGAAAAUUGUCAGAUUUUCUGAUCCAAAAGAUUCCGAUGAGCCAUCAACAAAAAAUUUCACCGCUUCGAAAUUGAAAUUUUGGCAUAGUGGGAAUCAUCACCAAAAGGAUAAAUCCGUUUCUCUGGGGACUUCGAGUGUUCUUUCGACCUCAACCUCCAGUAAGAAAUUGAAUAUUUCGACUCCAAAAUUAAUUAAAAGCUCAAAACUUUUGCACUCAACUUCACAACAUAAUGAUUUGGUUUUCCAUAACACUCCAUUUGAAAAAAUCACAAUUGAGGAUCGUCCUAUCACCAAUGGCCAGAAGGGUGAUGAUGGGAUCCUAUGGAUGGACGAGGAGAAACGAAUGAACAUGCUUAGAAAUAAUGAUACCAAUGACAUGUACCCCGAGUACGGUACGGGAAUGCUCCCUCCUUCAAAAUACUUGACUCAACAUCAUGAUAAAAAAUUGACGGCAAUGAAAAGUAAUGGAAGCCAGAAAGCGAGAGAUGGGUUGCCAAGAUCUUCCAGUGGAAAACUUACUUCUCGAUUUAAAAAAGUAUGGGGCUAG